UCUUCUUCAUCAUCAUCAUCAUCUAUAAAAACCCCUUGACCUCUCUUCUAUUCACAAUCACAACUCUUUUUUCAACUUCUCUCUCUUCUAUAUAUACUCACAAAGAAAAAUUAACUUUCAUUUCCAUUCAAUUCAACAACAACAAAAAUUUCCACUAAACAAAAUAUCUCAUACACAAUUUAAUUUACAAAAAUACCAUUUUUUUUGAGCUUUCUAUAGUUAUACACAUAAAAUUCAUCUCCUUCUUCUUCUUUAAAUUAAAUAUUAUAUAUAUAUAUAUAUAAAACUAUACAUAUAUUCCUAUACAUAGAUAUAUAAAUUUUAUAUAUAUAUAAUGGAGAAGAGUUUGAAAACCAUGACAACUCCAUCACCAACAUCACCAGCUCCGACCACCUUCGUCCAAGCAGACCCAAACAAUUUCAAAGACUUAGUACAAAAACUCACUGGCGGCGACUCGCCGGAAAAAUCUCCGGCCGCCGUCCCGACCAGGCUUUCCUCUUCCUCCAAACCCUCAAUUGAGUACCCAACGGGGCCCCGAAGAUCCCCUUUUAAGCUCCAAGACCGGAGACAGACUAUGAGGAAGCUUGAGAUCAAGCUCAGCCUCGCCACCAUUAACGGCGGUGGUGGUUGUGGUCCGAGUCAAAUGAUUCACUGGGUUGACUCACCGAUUCCAAGCCCAGUCACUCCACUCGGGUCGGAGUCAUUGUUCGUACCCAGCUCGUCGUCCGGGUCACCGUCGCCGUCUUCGCCGGCCGUUUCCGAGGAGGAGAAAGCGAUUGCCGAAAAGGGUUUUUAUUUACAUCCUUCGCCGUUGAGUACGCCGAGAUUGUCAGAACCGCCGGAGCUGUUGAAUCUCUUUCCGUUGACUUCUCCAGUCAACGACCAAAGGUUAUGAAGAAGAAGAAAAAUUAUUUAUAUAUAAAUAAUGAAUAUUUAUAUAUUUAAUUAUAUAUAUUUCUCAUUAGUUUUGAUUUUUUAUUUAAUUGUUAAAUAUUUGUUGCAUGGAUUUUUUUUAUUUAUUUUAUGGGAUGUAUUAAUUAUAUAUAUAUUUAUAUGAUUAGUGUAAUGUUUAGUAUUUAAUAGAUAUUUGUGACAUAAUUAAUUAUAUGAGAAUGAGAUUUUUUUUUUAAUUUAA